AAGAAGAAGAAAAAGAAGAAGAGGACGGUGUUUUUUUUAAUGUUGGUAAGUGUUUUUUCUUAUGAAAUUUCCUGGAAAACGCCACAAUUUUGCCCCCAAACUGGAUAAAAAGUAAAAGAAAACCCUCCGGGAGUGUCACGGAAGCACUAAGUGUUGACGCGUUGAGGUUUUCUUCUGUAUUUUUCUCACAUUUUUCCAAAAUAUUUUCACCAAAUUCUAACCUCACUUUCUGAUGUCAAGUGUGUGUGAGAAAAUGUGAAAUUGUGAAGAAUUUUUUUGCAGUUCUCGUGAAAAACGAAGAAAAAGCCCCAUUGUUUGGUGAAAUUGGAUUAUUUUUGCUUUUGCUCCCCAUCAAAAAGAGGUAGUUUCUCGAUUGGAGGGUGGUGCAGGUGAAAAAAGGCGUGCCUGAUUGUGUGAAAACCCUUUGAUCUACUUUUCCGUGGCUCAUUAGCUGCGGCAUCGCAACAUUCCGGGAAUUGCAGACCCUCUAUUGCCCCCAGUUCUGCAGGGGCAAUAAAAGAGAGCAUUCUAGUGGAUGUUUUGUUCUUUUUCGGAGGUUUUUCAACCAAUAUUUCCGGUUGUUUUUGCUCUGCGCGUGAACUGAGAACGAGAGAGAAUUGAAAGUGGCGCAGAGAGCUUACAAAUAAAUCGAGAGACAGAAAAUGAUCAAUGCAACGGAUUUGCACGCUUUCUUGGGCAAAAUCGACGGUGGGAGCGUUGCGGUGGACCUCCUGAAGAUCGUUCCUGCUGCAAAUGGGAAAAAGCAGAAGAGCAAUAAUGGGAAACUUCGCCUGGCGCUGGACAUGGAGGAUUGUUUAGAUCGAUUCUACGGAGGCUACUACUCGGAUUGGGCAUGCGGUGGACAAUGGAACCGGGCGUAUCAGUUUGUUCAGCUACUUGCAAAUGCAUUUAGUUCAGCUCAAAUUGAGAUAAUUGCUUUCUUCGAUGGGACACUCAGAGAGAAUAAGAGACUUGACGGUGAACGCAGUGACUUUCGCCAGAAGACAAUCUCAGUGCUGAAGCACAUCCGCAUGAUUGGGACGCCACCGCCGAAAAUUUGGUGGCUCCCACCGUCGGGGCUGCGAACGUGCCUCCGGAAUGCAAUGCGCAACAUUAACAUUCAGGUCGUACAGACAAUUCAGGAUCACACAAUGGAGGUCAUUGAGUACUUCCAUGAGCAUCGUCUCGACGGCAUUCUCGGCGUUCAUCCGGAUUACAUUGUUGCCAAUUGCAGCAGGUAUUUCAGCAGUCACGACAUUCGAUUAUCCUACAAGGGUUCCCUUGAGACGAAGGAGUACCACGUGUCGAAACUUCUGUCCACACUUAGCCUCACAGCGGACCAUUUGCCCUUUGUUGCUGUCCUCCUUGGGGGCUAUGUUGCCAUCGAUGAGACUCAACUCAAGGCAAUCUAUGGGAAGCUAAGUGUGGAGGCUGGUGGGGACUUUGAGGCACGCAUCCGGAAGAUUGCUGAGAUUGUACGGAAUUCCCCGACAAAUGAUACGAAUGAAUUUAUAAAGCAUCUCAAGCUGGAGGAUCAUGCAGCUGCCAUUACGGAAUCCGUCGAGUACUACCAGCGCAAAGGGAAGUUCUUGGUACGAAAGUAUUUGGGCAAUAAGAAGAAGAUCUCAUUUGAGGUGAGGGCUGCCGAUGGGGAUCCCGUACCGAUGGCGUCGGAAACGAGUGAAAAUGACGAAGUUGCAAAGAAGAUUCUAAGCGAUGUCAACAAUUUGGUGGAUGAAAGCGAAAACUAUGCAAAUGGAAAGGAAUCUUCUGGUACAAAUGCAAGCGGUACGAAGGAGAAAACUUCCACUGGGGGCCAUUUUAUUUACACCCUACCGGGCGAGGUGCUAAAAACUUCACUAAAUCGCCAUCAGCGUGGCAUGAUGGAUUCCAGGAUUUAUCAACUUCUCACGAAGAAGUCCAUUGUGUUGCCACAGGUGCUAGAAGAUGAACAGAGUCGUGAUGUUCCGUCUGUCCACUUGUUCUAUCGUCCUGCUCGUCAAAUGAUCUACGCCAUUCUCUUCAACUUAUACCACCAAAGAUAUCUGUGUUCAAAGUCAAAUAAGAAUCAGACGAAUGCCUCGAGCGCCCCGAAGCCCGAUGUUGUUGUAUCUGAGUGGAUUUGGUCGCCGCAAAAUGAAUACAAGAAGCCUGACAUGGUGAAGGCGACACAGCUUUCGUGGGCCGUGCCAACGGUGCAGCGUUUGUGGUUCGGGAUGGCAUUUGAGGAUAAGCAACGUCGCAUGAAGGCUUUCCUCACGAUUAUGCGAUCGGAUUCGUUGCUUAUGCUAAACAGGGGGUACGUGCCACAGCAUAUGCUUGUCAUGGCGUGCGUUUUGCGUUACAUGAUUACAGAUCCGGAUCGGAGUAUGCUGACGCGGCAGGAACUCGAUGCAUUCCUUGCCACAGCAUUCUCGCAUCAAUUGCUCAAUGUUGAGUACACCCAAGAGUUGGUGCUCCCAUGCGUUCAUCUCCGUGGCGUCUACCUUGCCACACUCUUUAUGCAGGGUGUGGAGACGGCUUCAUUGGCCAAUGAUGCCUGUGGCAUUCCCCUCCCGUGGCUCAUGGUGAAUCCGUGGCUAUUCUUCGAUGGGAAACUCUUCCAUCUCAAGCUGAAGAUGUCCACCUAUGUGCAGAGUCUCCGUGAGCUGUGUGAUGAUCAAAUUGAGAUUGUUUUGAAGAUUGAGCGCUUCCGGAAGGCCAUUCUCGAGGAUGUUGAGCACUACCUCCUGCCCACACACAUUGAUCACACAAUGUACCGUCCGGGCUUCCUGCCACAGCCACAAGCUCCCAAUCUCCCUCAGCACUUUGGCAAGGGGCAACUCCAUCAGAUGGCCAACAUUCCGCAGGCACCAGCGGAUCAUAGCGGUGCUUACUACAGCUCACAAGUGGCAGCUGCAAGUGCCUCCUACUAUGGGGCACCAAUAACAUCGCGUGUCCUGCCUGGGGCUGGAGUUGAUGCAGCAGCUGGAUGUGUUCCAAUGCGUGGACGUGGAGCUGGUGGGAUGUACCCACAACAGCGUGCCGGCGGUGUUCCAGCAGCACGCAAUGGCAGCCAGAAGGGGUAUCAACUGAAAGUUGGAGCUUCUUACACUCUUCCUGCAGGAGUUGUCGUUGGGUCAUGGGCUGCCGGUGGGAGUGGCGCUCAAAUGCGUGCAGCCAUGGGUGGCGUUCAGAAUGCUGGCAAUGGCAAUGCAGGGCGUGCUAUGCGUUUGGCUGGUCGUGCUGGGAAUGCAGUGGCGCGCUUUGGGGUGACAGGACGUGGGAGCAAGGGAACAGCUGGAAAUCGUCUCCAUCGUGGUCAGGUGGGUGCACAGGGUAGUCGUGGGGCUGCGGGCUAUGCAUACGGCGGGAAAACGGUGCGCACAAAGAAUCGCAAGGGGAAGAAAGAGAAGAAAUCUACAAAGGCAAAGGCAGAAGCAACAGCCGGGACCAGCAAUGGCAAGGAGACUACUGAUGAUGUGACCGAGGUGACUGAGAAUUUGAACAAAGUCUCCCUGGAGUCGUCCACUGUGGAGCUGCAGAAUGGGACCACCGUGUUGGCGUCCGAUUUAGCCAAUUCGAUGUGUGAUGAAAUCCUCAAAGAGGAAGAGAGUGAGCAACAAAAGAAGAAGGCUGAUGCAAAGGCAGACACAGCAGAUGAGGCAGCAGGUGCGAGUACAUCAGCUGUGGCGGAAAAUGAGGUAAUGCAUGCUAAUAAGAAUGGUGUGAGUGGGAGGAAUGAUUCACAAAAUGCCCUUUCUGUGAAGUCCGCCCCGGAAACGGACACGGCCAAGUUGAAGAUGAAAGCGGGGACUGUUGAUAAGAAGACCGAGGAAAAUGGUUCCGGAAGCAAUGCUGUGAGUGGGCAAGAAGGACAAGAUGUGCCUGUUAACAAUUGAGACCGUUAACACUUUCAGAAUUUUUUUUACAACACAAAAUCGUGCAUCUAAAAAAAUGUUUUUAAAGCUACAUGUUUAAGAAUGUCAAUGUGUAUUUUAGAAGAAAUGAAACCUUUUUUUUUUCGAUAGAACUUUACACAAACUAUUAAUGGAUUUAAAGUAGAUUAUUUUUUCUUUUUCAUUUUCCUUAUUUUUGUUUUUUUUUUGAUAAAAAAAAGCAUCAUAGCAUAGAUUUAAGAUUUUAAAAAAUUUGAUUAUAAAUGAAGCUUGAAGAUUUAGAGAGAGAGGCUUCAUUUUUUUUUGGCUAAAAUUACGUUUUCUUUUUGCUAUAUAUUAUAGGCCGUUAAGCAUAUUCAUGAAGAAAAAAAAACAAAAUAUUUUAUGUUCCCUAACGUAAUCGAAAUGUAAUAAUUUUUGCUAUAACUUACUACUAUGUAAUGAAAAUGUUUCAUUUGUUUUAUGAAAAGUAAAUAGACGAUGUUUUAUGGAUUUUUUUUAAAUAAGCAAAAAAUCUUUGUGCGUAGAGCAAGUAAAUCUACAAUGGGAUGUAGGUUCCACAACACAGAGCGUUCAAGUGAGAAGAAAAUGUUUAACGUGCUGUGACAUUUUGUUUCUUCUCCACAGUUGAGCCAUUUUUGGAGUUUUUUUCUGAAUAUUUUUGGAGAAUUUAUUAUAUUUUUAUUUUUCUUCCAUUGUUUUCUCAUGCGUAACACUGUGAGGAAAAUUAGCUAAAUUCUAGCGAUCUAUGGGUCAAUAAUUGAUCUCUGAAAGGAAAUUUUGAAUCAAUAAAAUGGGAUUGCAGUAAAAGAAUAAAAUUUUUGGUACUUGUCUAUUCUAAUUUAUUGCGUGGUUUUAUUUUUGAUUAAAAAAAAUAUUUUUUAGGAACUAACUCACAGUUUUUCGUGCAAUGGUUAAUUUAGCUUUUGACGACUCCUUUGGACGCUUUAACCCUUUAAGGAUCGGUCGACGUAAGACGUCAAACUGACUUUUUAAAUCCAAUGAGGAAAAAACUGCUAGAAUUUUUCAGUCCUCAAACUUUAACUUCAACGUUUUAACAUUGUGAAAACCACUGAAUGUCUUACGAAGGAAUUAAAAGUUUUACUAUAAAAACUACAAGAAUUCUGCGGAAAGAAAUUUAAAACUGGUUAAAACGUUCCAGAACUGCAAAUUCUAGCAGUUUUUUUUUCUUAUAGGAUUUUAGUUUGAAGAAUCAAUCAGUUGUCUUAACCUGUUGAAGACCUCUCAAUGUCCUACGGUGUUAAUUUAGAAGAUCUGCAGAAAUAAACUGCUAGAACUUGUCGUCUAGUUAGUCUAAAACUGGGUAAAACGUUCCCGAACGACAUUCUAGUAGGUUUUUCUUAAAUAGUUUUUUCAUAUUACCUCCAAACGCUUGAGGAGUCUCAGAGACAGUUCCUCAAUGGAAAAUCCAAUAAGAAAAUUAAUCUGCUAGAAUUGACUGAUCUGUAACGUGCUAUGGCGUCCAGUGGUCCCAGUUUGAAUGUCUCAAACUAAAUUAUUGCAGUUUUUUUAGUAGUGACAUCUCUGUAGGGAAAAAAUCUAUUUUUUGCCGGAAAUAUCUUUAAAAAAAAUUUAAUUCAAAUAUUCGUUAAAAUUUUACAAUGAAAAUUAGCUAAAACUGCAAUUUGGUUCUAUUUUCCGCUUUUAAUAUAAUCGGGAUCAAAUAACCAUAAGACGGCUAAACGGUUUAAAAUAAUUAAGAAUUAUCCUUAAAUUUUCAAAAUUAUCAAACCAUUUUUUUUUAGAAAAAAAAAUUUUUUUUAAUAAUAAAAAUAUAAAAAUUACCAAAAUAUUAAAGAAAAAAUGAAGAAAUGGCUCAAAGUGUUGAACGCAAAGUGCAAAAGAAGCUAAAUUGUUAAUUUUGCAUUCUCUAAUGGCUUUUUAGCCCUUUAAAAAUAAAAAUUAACCUACAUCCACAAUUUAAUCCCGAAUUCUUUUAACGAGAACUUUAUCAUUCACCCGAUUUUGACUAAAAAGAAAUGCAAACAUAAAAAAAACUAAAAGAAUACACAGGACACACUGUUGAGAACAGAGAGACAAGGAAAGGUCUCUUUUCUUUGCGUAAAAAAAUGGAUGCAGGGUAGGUUGCCAGGAUGACUAAAGUAUUAACACAACAACAAGAAAGAAAAAAAUAAGAUUGAUUAAUGAAAGGAAAGAUGCGAUCUAAUGGACAGGGUGCUGUGCUCACAUGAAAGCAUAACCCGCAGUGUAAGAAAAUGAAAAGAAGUUUACACAUGCCUGAGGUUUAUUUAUAUAAACUCUAUUGUAAAUAAAUAAGAAACAAAGUGAAAUAACCUACACGUAAGACGAUGGAGAGGAGAAUAAUCAAAAGUAAUUGAGAAAAAUGGAAAAGUGUUGUAAACAAGAGAAUUAAAAAUGAUCUUACACCGUAGAUGGCGCACUGAAAGAGAAUUUUUUUUGUGAGAAAAGAAGAGAAAUGCGCGCUGAACGUGAGGCGGGAGAGAGAAGCAUUUUAAGACGUGAUAGAAUAUUAAUGAUAAAUAAAAAAAAUACCGACUGUUAGUUUUUUAAAUAUUACUAUAUGUACAAUACAAUAGUAUUUAAAAAAUAUUGUCAGGGUUUUAAAUAUACCGACAUAAUAUAGGAACAAGAUGCGUUGGGUGUUGUUGGAAGGCGGUGGCGCGGGGGCAGAGGGGGAGAGAUGAAAUGAGCUGUACGAGAAAAGGGAUUUAAACAAAAAAAAAAAAACGGAUAAAGUGUUAUUUAAAACCCUCAGAAUUAUACAGUCAGGUCUGUGAUGUGCACUAUGAAUAUAUUUUUAUAUAUUUGUUACAAUUGUUAUCACAAAUUGGUGAAAAUAUUACAUAAAAUGUACACCGAGUUGCGAGAGAAGUAUAUUAGUUGACAUUAUAUACUUACACAUGAAAAAUAAAUAAAUAAAACAAUAUUACGUGGGUGGGGGGUGCUUCAAAAUAAUCCCAAAAGUGCGUGGAUUUAUUAUGUGCAACGUGUGUGGGGAUUUUCAGGGGGAAUCUCUCUGAUUUUGGCUAAAAGAAUGAUUUUUUAAAGGCAAGAAAAAAUCGUCAACAAUCCUCACAAAAACUUUUUAAAUAAAUUCUCUUUUGAGAAUAUUUUAAAGCCCCUCGUGAUCACGUAAAAUGCGAAAGCGAACUCGCCAAUAUGUGCAAAUUGUUGCCAUUUUCUUCUCAUUUACAAGGAGAAAAAUAAUAAAUUAUUAAAAGAAUUUAUUAAAGGUGACAAUUGCAUUUUUAUGAUGAAAAAUAGGAAGAGGGAGAAGAGAGAAAAAUGCAUUGAUGCAUUAACUAUUUUUACAUUAAAUUGGUGUACAAAAUAGAUACGCAAAGACAACAUUUUGCGUGAAGAUCGUGAGAAAAGAAGUAUAAAAUAUUCCAUCUAGAUUUUAUACUGGAGAAUAAAUAAAAAUAACAUCUGCCCAAAUAUACUGAAAUGAAUUUACCGGAAGAAUAAAAAAAAAAAAUUACACACAACCCGAAAAAAAGAAAAGAAAAAUUUCACCUGCUUUUGACUACAAAACAUUUAAAGAAAAGUUUUGUCUGCAAGAAUUUUUUUGCUCUAAACUUUUGAGGAUGUUUUUCCACGGAGAAAAACGUUCUCAUUCCAAUGUGACGUCGUGCGUAAUAAAAAAGACUUUAGAUGUCACAUUGAAUGAAAGAAAAAUAAAUAAAUAAAAAGAAGUAAAAAUAAAGUAAAGAAGAAAAGGAUAAAUCGAGGCUUAGACCACGAAAGAAUAAAAAAAAAUAUUGAGAAAAUAAAAAGAAAUGGUAUUGAAGAAUGCCUAAUGAGGAGAUAAUUUCUGCUGAAGAUGAAAAUAUUAAAAAAAAGAAAA